UAGAUGCUCAAAAUAGUAACCUUAGGAUAGGUGUUCGCAUAACUGACACGAAAUCGCAUGUUCAGAAAACUUUCUCGUUCCACCCAAGUUAGACCGGAGUAUUCGUGAAAGCCAGCUUUCGCUUUGUGGAAAUGGAGGCCGACGGCUUAGACUUGGCUUCCUUCCUAACAGAUGGCCCUGUGCCGGAAAUGCCGGAUGACCUUGACGAACUAUUCACCGAGGAGCUGAUGCAAUUCCUCAACGCCGCUGAGACCGGCCAGCCCGCUUGCCAGCAGCACCAACCACUUUGUCAUCAACAGCUUACACCAGUGCCGCUGGCUGUCGAUGCUGUCGCUCCUACGAACAUAGCACCUUCGCCUUCCUCGAGCUGCAGUCAGUCGAAGGGCACUAGCUCCCCAUCGCCGGUGCCUGGCCCCGCAAUGCCAGCCACAGCUUCAAAUGCUGCGGCAGUACAGGUGCAGCCAGCGGUCGCUGCCUGCAGCGUUGUGCCGCGUCUGGUUACGACCACCGCGGCGCAACAAAUGUGGACUGCUAUGCUACAAGCGGCACUUGCGCCUCCUGCGGCGCCUUGUGUAGACGAGGCAAAGGCGCGAACAAUGCAACCGGUUGGAACCAGCCGACAAGGUAGCCGCAACUGCUCAGCGGAUAGUUCAGAUACCGAUCAAACUGAUCAUGAGAUGGGCGACUCCAAGAGCAGGGCAGCUGGAAACAAGCGAAAAGCUCCGGAGGUUGACUGGCGCCAAAUCGAGGACCCGGCAGAGCGGCGGCGACAACGGAGGCUGGCGAAGAAUCGGGUGACCGCGGCACGCUCCCGCGAACGAAAGAAGGCAAUGUGGAGCGAGCUUGAAGAGAAGCUCAAGAGCAUGGAGGGCGAGAACAUGCAGCUGCGGGCGAUGCUAGAGCAAUUCGCGCGCGAGAACGCUUCCCUAAAAUCCCAGCUGCUCAACAUCACGCGCGCUGGCUUCGGGCCGAACGGCGUCGCGGGCCUGUCUCAGGCUCGGGCGGGCAAGACCAUGGAUCCUGCUACGAUCCUCCCAGUAUUUAUAGUUACAUUGCUGGUGGUCUGCUCGCUCCUGCCUGGUGACAAGGCCUGCGCGCUGCUCGGCUCCGUGUUGCCGCUAGCGCUGGUGGCGAGCCUCAUGCUUGGCGCUAACACGACCUCGGGGAAAUCCUCCGCGCGCUCAUUGGCCGGCGUGGACUGCCUUUUCCGCCUGCUGCACAUGCUCGGUACGAUGCUGUCGGGCAGCGGCAGCAGAACGCUGCACCGGAGCUUCAAGCGCCUGCUGUUUGAGCGGCACCGUUAUCUGGGCCGCAGUGAGAUGCGGAAGCUGGCAGCUUGCGCGGAGCAGCAGCUGCUGGUGCCUCAGGAGGAGCAGGAACAGGGGAUAGAGCCUUGUAGCGGCAACGACGAUGUGCGCGGCAUGGUGGAUGAGGUGCCGGAGUCGGCUGCAAAGCCCGGUGGCUUGCUUGCGUCCGCCGCUUCGCUGCUGCCGGCCUUGGUUAAGAUGGAGUCGGUGUGCGGAUGAGGAAGGCCGGAUCGGGUCGUUGCUGUUGCUUAAGCUCUUGCAGCCCCGUGCACGGGGUUGUGUCGCUCUCCGGUUGAUGCUAGGGUUGUUGCGUGGUCGUAAGGAUUGCUCUUGGCGUUGCUCUUCGUUUCCAGCAGCUUGCACGGUAGGAGCCCGUACAGCUUGUGGUUCCGUACCUUUUCUUUACACGUUUCAUUGACAUAAUUGACAUGCAUGAGGCUUUGGGUGUGACUGGUCUUUCCUGGAUAAUAGCUUCCACGCGUGUGCCAAUGGCAUGUUUAAUUUGAUUCGACAUCUUUGUGGGUUCGGCAUGUUGCAGGGAAUGUUACUGGCUGUAAGAUGUUUUUAUCGUAGCUUGCAAUAAGCAUACUGUUUGACACAGAGGCCAAUCUCUUCUGGGUAGUUGCUUUAAAUGUUGCGCUGGGACGUGGAGGCGCGCUCUUCCAACAAAGUUGCCUACGUGCACGAGCGGUGUUUCCGCUGGCACAAUGCUGUGGACGUAGCGCUUGGCCAAUAACCCUAAGUGUUGCUUUGUGAGAACACCCGUACGACGUGUGUGGGGUUGCAGCUGGUAAUGGUGGCGGCGUCACGGCGUUUUUGGUGUAGGAUUGUCUUCUAAGUUUCUCCAACAUCAACCAACAAAGCAGUGCGCGGGGAGUUUGAAACGUCGCUGUUGAAGUGCUGGAAGCAGCUGCUUCAAACUGUGCAUGGUGGUGCAAGGGGAACGUCAGGAAGGAGGGCCGAGGGCGGGUUCGGCUCUUCGAGUUGUUGGUGUACAUGUCAUCGGAGCCACAACACGCCCGCCACACAUGGGUUCCUGGGUUCUGACAGCGCGAUUGACCUUGGAUUUCGUUGUUUGGACGGCAGUUUACACAGACGAUAUCACUCUUCGGGGCUUACACAGAGAUGAAUACAAUGAAUUAUGGCUUCUGCCGGGGGUUCCUAACUCCUUACGUGGGCCCUUCCUGGGGGCUGUGGUGCUGCACAUACGGGUGUGCCUAACUUGGCCAUUUGUAAGCGCGAUAUGAUUCGCA